CUGAAAACGAAAAAUAGAGCUUGUUAGAGAUCGUACCGUACCGACUACCGAGCUGCAUUCAUUCGCAGUUCUCAACAACACUCCGACGAACAAAACCCACUUCCCAUUCUUCUUCUUCUUCUUCUUCUUCUUCUUCUUCUUCACUAUCUCUUAUCGAUUCAUAGAUUUCUUUGUACAUUCUUCAGAUUCUGCUUCUUCCAAUUCUCCCCGUCGUCUUCACAUUCUGUACAUUAUUCUACCCCCAUUAUAAUUCUUGCACCAAUUUUCAGUUUUGCGAUUUUGGGUUACUCUUACAACUUGUUAUUAUUACUUUCUGCGAGCUUUAUGUUUCGGAAUCAAGUUUUGUCGUUGAUUAUUAUUUUUAGGGUUUACCUCUGUUAAGCUUGAAUUUCAAAUUUUGAAGAUAAUAGAAGGAACUUUAUAAGAACAAGAAGAAGAAUAACCAGAUAACCUUAGCGAUAUUUAAACCUAGAUAGUGUGAUUUUUGUUUUGGGAAUUUAGUUGAGUUGAGCUUUUUUGUUGGGUGUGAAUUUUUGUGGUGAUUGAAAUUGAAAUUAGGAAUGGCCUCUUACAGGCCCUUCCCUCCGCAAUCUAGUCAAAACCCUAACCAUCAGUAUAAUCAGAAUUGGAGUGGUGGUUAUGGUGGUGGUGGUGGUGGUGGUGGUGGUGGUGGAGACCCUUCUACUUCAAAUUCAUUCCCUCCACAACCUUAUAACCAAAUGCCCCCAAAUUCAAAUUUUCAUUCUCAUGGUGGGGGUGGUGCACCACCACCACCUCCUCCUUCCCAUCACCCCUACCCUUAUCCACCACCUCCACCGCCACCACCCGAAAAUUCAUACCCGCCUCCACCUCCACCACUACCUUCUUCACAUGGUGCUCCUAUGUAUUACCCUUCUAGUCAAUACUCUCAGUAUGGGCAGCAGCCACCUCCACCACCUCCCCCUCUGCCUCCAUCUUCGCCUCCGCCGAGCAAUUCUAUCCCACCUCCACCCCCUCCACCUUCCUCGCCGCCUCCUCCUCCUGCUUCAGCUCCUCCCCCGCCGCCACCAAAGGAUGAGAGGCGGAUGCAUAGCCGAGAUAAAGGGCCGAUAAAGGAAGGUUAUGAGCAUUCAAAUCAUGGAAAUCCUCAUAAACAGCAGAAACCUUCUGCUGUUCCUCCAAUGCCAGUGAAGAAGCCGAACGGGGUGCAGGGGAGGGUUGAGACAGAAGAAGAGAGGAGGUUAAGGAAGAAGAGAGAAUUUGAGAAGCAGAGGCAAGAAGAGAAGCAUAGGCAGCAGUUGAAGGAAUCACAGAACAGUGUCUUGCAGAAGACUCAGAUGAUGUCAUCUGGGAAGGGGCAUGGUUCGGGUUCGGUUGCAGGAUCUCGAAUGGCAGCAGAGAAGAGAACUACACCCUUAUUGAGUGCGGAGAGAAUUGAAAAUAGGUUGAAAAAGCCAACAACAUUUUUGUGCAAAAUGAAAUUCCGAAAUGAACUUCCAGAUCCAAGUGCACAACCUAAGCUUAUGGCGUUCAAGAGGGAUAAAGAUCAAUAUACGAAAUAUACAAUCACGUCGCUGGAGAAAAUGUACAAACCCAAACUUUUUGUGGAACCAGAUCUUGGGAUUCCUCUGGACCUGCUUGACCUCAGUGUUUAUAACCCUCCCAGUGUCAGACUACCUCUUGCUCCUGAAGACGAAGAUUUGUUGCGAGAUGAUGUUGCGGCUACUCCUAUAAAGAAAGACGGCUUAAAAAGAAAAGACAGGCCUACUGAUAAAGGUGUAGCUUGGCUUGUCAAAACACAAUAUAUAUCUCCCCUCAGCAUGGAUUCAACAAAACAGUCUUUAACCGAAAAACAAGCUAAGGAGCUGAGAGAGAUGAGAGGAGGCCGCAGCAUGUUGGACAGUCGUAACAGUAGGGAAAGACAGAUCAGGGAAAUCGAAGCAUCAUUUGAAGCAGCUAAGUCACGCCCUGUUCAUGCAACCAACAAAUCUUUGUAUCCUGUUGAGGUUUUGCCUUUGUUACCUGAUUUUGAUAGGUAUGAUGAACAGUUUGUUAUUGCUGCAUUUGAUAAUGCUCCUACAGCUGAUUCAGAAAUGUAUAGUAAGUUGGACAAAUCUGUUCGCGAUGCCUGUGAAUCAAAGGCACUUAUGAAAAGUUAUGUUGCAACCGGCUCAGAUCCUGCAAAUCCUGAGAAAUUUUUGGCUUACAUGACCCCAACACCUGGACAGCAGCUAUCAAAGGAUAUAUAUGAUGAAAAUGAAGAUGUCUCAUAUUCUUGGGUUCGCGAGUAUCACUGGGAUGUUCGGGGUGAUGAUGCAGAUGACCCUACAACAUUCUUAGUUGCAUUUGAUGAGUCAGAAGCACGUUAUGUGCCUCUUCCAACAAAACUUGUUUUAAGAAAAAAGAGGGCUAAAGAGGGAAGAUCAAGUGAUGAGGUUGAGCAAUUUCCAAUACCUGCAAGAGUGACUGUACGGCGGAGGUCAAGUGUUGCAGCAAUCGAGCGAAAGGAUUCACAGGUUUAUACAAGUUCGAAAGCCAGUACUUCAAAGAGAAGGGGUCUAGAAUUGGAUGAUGAUCUCGAACAGCAUCAUCGACACAAUUAUCAAUCUAGUGGAGCUGAAGAUGACAUGUCUGAUUAAUUCUUUUAUGCAAAUGCUACUGUCUUUAAUGCAAAUUUGCUCAUCAACGUAGUGGCUGGUUGGCGGCAGAUUGCGCCGAUGGCUGAGUUUGUAGAGGUGAUGCUGCUUCGCUGAAGGAAAACUAAUGAUAAACCCCAUUUUAUUUUUCAUGUUCCUUUUUAACCCAAUUCACUGGAUAUACUUUCAGAUUGUAGGAAGCUUUUAAAGUCAAUAUAGAAUUUCAUUCUAAUACAACAAAAAAUAGAAAAUUUUGAGAAACAAUUAUAUGUAAAAAUAAAAAAAAAGGAGAAAAAGGCAUGUCACAAAAAAAAAAAAUGGUAAGGAGAUUCUAUUAUCCGUCCCGAAUCCUAACUUUGCUCUGAAUGCUUUUUUCACUUGGUGAACACUGAACAGAUUUAAGCUUUUGCUUGCCAAUGAAUGUGUUAUUUUGGCAUUUAUCAGUUCUAGACUUCUAGUAUUGUAGCAUUCUGAUUCUAAUUCAGAUUUUAGCAGUUUUUGUUGCUGUUGUAGAUUAUGAUAUGUUGACACCCUAAUUAGUAAUUACCUUGAGUACAUGGGAUGAGCCCAAGUCAUAAAUAUUUUUUUUUGGUUUACCCAAACGGUAUCUCUCAACCCGACAGAUUAAGGACUAAUUCGUCGUAGAUCUGAGCUCUAUUUAAGGGUUUGGUGCUGGCCAAAGUCAUAAAAUUUUUGUUGAUAUGUAUAAAUAAUUUGAGCGGAUGAAUGAUUUUUGACCUGAAAUCUCAGUAUUGUGUUUGGUGGCAAAAU